GACCUGGGCUGGGGGACUGAGGAGAGGUCACCAGCAGGUUCUUUGUAAACGGGUCUGACCAGUUGAGCUCUGAUGGGGAUUCCUCACGUCACUGGGCUGGCCCCUCCCCACAGACUGGUCACCUCCUUCACCUCCACUAUAAAGCCUCUUGGGUUCUCAAGCACUGAGACUCCGAGCACCCCACCCUGGGGGCCAGCAGACAGCCAUGAUGCUCAGCUGGAAGCUGCUGGGGCUCCUGGUCCUUUGCCUGUGUGCUGGAGGCAUCUCAGGCAGUGGGGACCCCUCUCCCAGACCCACAGAAGCCCAAGAAGAGGAGGACUCCUCGGCAUUGCCCCUGGGCCCCCCAAUCCCUGGGGACCCCUGGCCAGGGGUCCCUCCUCUGUUUGAUGAACCUCCACCCCCAGGCCCCAACCGUCCCUGGAGAGACCUACCUGAUGCGGGCGUCUGGCCCCCAGAGCCCCCUAGCACCAACCCCCCUCACCCUCCUCUGCCUGAUGACCCCUGGCCAGCAGGAACCCAGCCCCCAGAAAACCCCUGGCCACCUGCCCCUGAGAUGGACCAUGGACCUCAGGAGGAGCCAGACCUUGACCCACCCCGGGAAGAGUACAGAUAGGAGGAACCCCAGGGAACUUGGGCGAGUGUCCUCAGAACACACCCAAUCCCACCUCUUUCCUCUGCUGCCCCCUGAGGAUCUCAAUGUUUCCUAAUCGCUUAGCUCGCUUCCUAAGGCUCUGGUUGGAUUGUGUUCAGGUGUCUAUGUUCUGCACCCCCCAACCCCCCUCACCUUGAGGUCCGUGUUCAGCUCCUACCCCCCCCCUUCACCUUGAGGUCCAUGUUCAGCCCCUCCCCCUCCCCCCUUCACCUUGAGGUCCAUGUUCAGCCCCUCUACCUUUCUUGGUCAGAGUAAAGUAAAGCACAUUCCUACCUCAUCCAACCUGUUCCUGCUCCUCUUUCCAGGCGUCUAGACCUCAACCUCCAUGGAGGGCCUGAGCACUGCUCCCUACUGCCUCCUGGUGGCCUUAUCUGGGAAAUGACAGUUGACCAGGAUGGUGCUUCCAACAGGAAAAUAAAAGCUGCUUUUUCUUCUGUA